AUAAGCGAGGUAAACAUAAUUACAGGUCUGGCGCUCAUGUGCGUCACCCACAGUCAAACCAUCCCGAACGUGGACGAGGCCUUAUCUAAAGUAAACGAGGUUCUAGACAUACCUCAGCUGAAGAAUCUGAAUAUCUCGGAGCUACCACUCGACGACGCUCAAAAUAUUUUAAAAAAAAAAUGCGAGAAGAACGGAGGUCCGGGCUCUUACGAUAUUGCAAAGAAGGCGGGUGUCGAGGUCUUAGGCUGCAUCAAGGAUCUCGUAAAUUUCACGAUUCUUAAGGAGGAAAUGGACAAAGCGAGGCCUACCGGCGACCUGGACGAGGUUUUCAAGAAAUACUGCCGUAAGAAGCCAAUUCUGAAAAAUUGCAUGGCCGACUUCACCACGGCGAUCGAGCCCUGCCUCGAGCCCGAAGAGAAGGAGAACAAGAAAAUCGUCCACAAUAUAACCGACAAAAUUCUCAAUUUCAUAUGCUUCAAGGAAGGCGACCGUAUUGCUUUGUUCAUUGCGGCUAAGGGACCAGAAUGCUUUCAAAAUAAAGCAAAAGUAAUAACGGAAUGUGCGAAUGCUACAUCUGGAAGUUACAGUAGUAAAAUACCAAUCAAUCCGGCUAAUGGCUUAGCUGCUUUAUCUGAAAUAAAGAAUAUUCCAUCGCUCAUUUUCGAUAAUAAAACUUGCCGAAAUAUGGAUAAGUUGCAAACGUGCGUAGUGACGGCGCUCGAGGGCUGCGACGAUCCAACGCCUGCCAAUCUCCUCGACUCCAUCUUCAAUUACAUCAAGAAGGUGACGCCGUGCGAAAAGAUGCUUGCCGACGCCCCGUAAAUUUCAGCACGUUGACAUUGUUGUGGAGGAAGCGCAAAACUCCCACUAUCGCACUGCCUUUAAUUAGAAUAGACGAGAACUGGAGAAAUAUACCGCACGCGUCUUCGCCAAUGACUAUUCAAGUUCCAAGUAGACUGUACGAUAUACAUUUAUCGCUGUGAUUCUAAUCCUAGCUUCGAGUAUACAUGUGUCGAGCAAUGCCGUUUAUAAAACUUCAAUCGCUUAGGAAUCCCUUCCUCGCGAUCCUUUCAAGUCUCUUUUGUUAUUUUUCGUUAAAACUUUUGCCUUCCGUUAUACAACUAUUGACGCGCACUUUCACCUCUAUUUAACGACUGCUAUAUAAAUUACACGCAUGCAUCUGUAUUAAUUAUCUUUAUUAUCUU